AUGAAGUUUAUUCUUCUAUUAAGCUUGCUCUUGGCUAUCUCAUUCGCUCAAGAGUAUACUAUUGACACUAGCUCGCAGUGCUAUAAUUGAGCAUCAAAUAACAUGAAAGUUUGCAAGGAUCCAUCCGAUGAGUCUACUCUAUAUUGUUGUGAUACCUUUGAUUUCUCAUAUAACUGUGGAGGCGUUUAUGAUGAUCAGUGAACUGAUCAAAUCUCUGAUCAAUACUCUAACUUUGGCAACGGUAGAGACUUCCUUCUUUGUGAUACCCGCAAUGAGUGCUAUGAUUCAUAUUAUUAUGCAUACUCCGACUCAUGGGGUUAUUUGAACAAAUACUUCAUUGAAUCACAAAAAGCUUGCGUCAUGAAGGUUUGGAAUCAUGGCUACAAAAGCUCAAGGCUUCGGAUUGAAGACAUAGAUGUUAAAAAUGCUGAUGUCUACAUGUACUCUUAUAAUCCAAAUGAGAAUAAACCAUAUAAGUACGAAGGAGUGCUAGAUUCGUGGGGUAAUCAAGACCAAUAUGUUCACACUCCGGAAGACCAAGCUCUACAUUUAGUUGUUGUCCCUCAGGAUGAGGAUAAUAGUGUUACCUUUUAUUUUAAAGCAAUUAGAAACAAGAGAAUCUCAGCUGGAGGUAUUGUUGCUAUUGUGUUCGGAAGCAUCUUCUUGGCUACAUUCUGACUUUCAUGCUGUUGUUGUAUUAUCAGGAGGAGAAAGAGAAAUUUAAGAAGAAAUCAACCAACCAGAGCUCCAGGAAUCAACCCCCAAGCUAACCCGAAUCUGACUCCUGCUUCCCAAUACAUUGCUGUUCAAUCAGAGCCCAACCCCAGAUCAAACAUUCCUUCUUAUCAACAGUACCCAAACAACGCUUACCCUCAGACCAACUAUCCCGCUCAGGCUCAACACUCAGUAAUUCCUCCUUACCCUGUAGUCCAAACUAACAACGCUCAGACCCAGCCUCUGAUAAACACCCAAUACCAGACCAACUCCUCAAGUGGGAACCUUAGCUCUGGACACGGAGCUCAUGCACAGUCAGAAGCAACGGGAUAUAUCCCAGCCUCCCCCACUUAUCCUGCACUUACCAGGAAAGAUUAAGAUUUGAGGAUAAAUUACGAACCUGUU